GCAAUAUAAUAAGCUGGUGGGCACAGUAAAGCUGGAGUAGAAUUAAAAUAUGGAGCACUUUGAUCCUACAUUUGUAUUUAGUGCUGUUCUGGAGAGCAAUCAUAUAAAGUCGCCUACUCACAGAUUUUCUUUUUCUUCACGCGGUUUCAUACUUACAGAUAGGAAUACCUCCAGUCAACAUGAAUCCAUCUAAGUCAACAAAGAUUGAUCUUGAAAUAUUAUAUAUUCAUCUAUACCACCGUGAGUACAUUAUAUUAAUUUGGUAUCAACUCUAUCAAUGGCAUCAGCAUUACUGCUAUGGUCUUCUACUGUUUCAUUGAGAAGCUUGUUGCUCAUCUUUUUUUCUGUAAUGGGAAUGAUAUGCCCCAUGUAUCCCUUUGCUCAGGCUGAUGAAGCCCUAGAUUUACAAGGCCUUUUAUCAUUCAAGAAAUCCAUAUCCAGAGACCCCAUGAAUGCUUUGUUUGACUGGAACAACAAAGCCCAUCACUGCAAUUGGUCUGGCAUAGCCUGUGAUUCGCUUAACAAUGUUGUUUCCAUCACAUUUUUAAAUAAGCAGCUGGAAGGAGUCAUUUCCCCUGCCAUUGCAAAUAUCUCAAAUCUGAAUUCUUUGGACUUGGAUACAAAUUUCGUCCAUGGCACCAUUCCUUCUCAGCUUGCAGAGUGCUCACAGCUGGCCUAUCUUGUUCUGUUCGGCAAUAAUCUCACAGGAAGCAUUCCUUCAAGCUUGGGGAAAUUAUCUGCUCUGGAGUAUAUGGACUUGGGCAACAAUUAUUUGGAAGGCAGCAUACCUGACACCAUUGUCAACUGCACCAGUCUAUCAGUUGUCAUUUUAUCUGUCAACAAUUUCACAGGUGAACUUCCUUCCUCUCUUGGAAAUCUGGUUAAUCUGCAGUUUUUCGUUGCUUAUAUAAACUAUUUCACUGGUAGCAUACCUCCUUCCCUAGCUAGAUGCACUGGUUUAAAUAUCUUAGAUCUAAGUGAAAACCGUCUGCAAGGUUCCAUACCUCCUGAGCUAGGGAACCUGCACAGCCUACAGAUUUUACAGUUGUAUGAUAACAACUUGACCGGAACUAUUCCAUCUACUCUGGGCUCCUGCAAAAAUAUUACUUUUAUAAUAUUGCAUAAAAAUAAGCUGACGGGUACCAUUCCCCUGGAGUUAGGAAAGCUUUCUAAGUUACAAGAGCUGUUUCUGUAUCUAAACAGAUUGUCUGGAACUAUUCCAGUGACUCUAUCCCACUGUAAAUCUUUGGUUAAACUUGAGCUAUCCAACAACAAUUUAAGUGGUAGCAUACCCUACCAGCUUGGAUCUUUGCCUUCCUUAGAAAUCUUAUACCUGUUCAGUAACAGGCUCACUGGAGAAAUUCCACCCAGUCUGAGUAAAUGUUCUAAUCUGACUCUGCUAGCUCUGUUUAACAAUAGUCUCACAGGACCCAUUCCAGAAACUUUUGGGUUUCUCUCCAAAUUGCAAGUGCUGAACAUCCAUGAAAACCAGCUUUCGGGCCCCAUUCCUUCCACUCUUUUCAACUGCUCCAGCCUCAGAAAUAUCUCUGCCAUGGAUAAUCUGUUCACAGGAAAAAUGCCUUCAGAAAUCGGCAAACUGGGCAAGCUUAACUUUUUGUCCCUUAGUCUUAAUCGCCUGUGGGGUGAGAUUCCAACCGCUUUGUACAACUGCUCGUUGCUUCAAACCCUCGACCUUUCCUAUAAUAAUUUCAGCGGUUCUCUUCGAGGAAUUAGCAAGCUGAAAAACCUGAAAAUACUACAAAUAAAAGGCAAUUCUUUCAAUGGGCCUGUUCCAGAUGAGCUUGGAAAUCUUUCAAGCUUGUUUAAACUUCAUCUGGCCAUAAACCAUUUCAGCGGAGCAAUUCCCCCUGCUUUAGGCUCCCUGUCUAACCUUCAAGGGCUCUAUCUUCACAGAAACCUUCUGAAUGGUACUAUUCCACAGGAGAUUUCCGGUUGCCGACAGCUUGCAGAACUGUCCCUUCAAAGCAACCGACUGACUGGCGGCAUUCCAGAUGCAAUCUCCAAGCUGGCAUGGCUCACCUUGCUGGACCUGUCGGACAACAUGUUAAGCGGUCGAAUCCCAUCGAGUCUCGGAAUGUCCACAAGGAUUCAGUAUCUGGAUAUUUCUCGGAACAACCUUACUGGGUCCAUUCCUAGCUCUGUGGCAAGCUUGAGAAGUUUGCAGUUAAUGUUUAACCUGUCCAGCAAUAGAUUGACCGGUUCAAUUCCUGCAGAGCUGGGAGGACUAGAAAUGGUACAGUUUAUAGAUCUGUCAAACAAUAAGCUGUCAGGAACAGUCCCUGCUGCUCUUGGGGGCUGCAACAACCUUCAAGGGCUUGACUUGUCUAGCAACAAUCUGCAUGGUAAAAUACCUGUUACUCUUUCUCGCUUGGAAAACUUGGAGCAAUUUCUUAAUAUGUCAAACAAUAGUCUUGAAGGAAAGAUCCCAGCUGAACUAGGCAGCUUGAAGAUGUUAACAAGUCUGGAUCUUUCUUCCAACUUGCUUAAUGGAAGUGUGCCAUCUCAGCUGGGGAAUUUGUCAAAGUUGGUAUAUCUAAAUCUUUCCCACAAUCAGCUAGAAGGCCCUGUUCCUCAUGUGGGUAUUCUGAAAAUUUUUGAUGCAUCCAGCUUUAAGGACAACUUUAAGCUUUGUGGUCUGAAUGGUCAGAGCCCCUGCCCUGCUGGGCUGCAUUCUCACAAACAAAACACAAAGCGUAUUGUACUACUGGUCGCUUUAAUAAUUGCUGCUGCAGUGGGUUUCUGCUCACUCCUCUGUCUGGCGUUCAUUGCCUACCAUUGGAGGAGAAAGAAGAGCAAACCAGAUGAGAUUUCUCUAUUGAAUGUCCCUUCAGAUCCUCUGCGGUUUACCAGAAGAGAUUUGCAGAAUGCUACUAGCAACUUCAGUUCAGACAACAUCAUUGGAAGCAGCAGCAUCAGCACAGUCUACAAGGGCGUUCUCAGCAAUGGCAGAAUAGUGGCUGUGAAAGUCCUGAAGAUUGAAAACCCCAAAGAAGUAGAACGCUGUUUCAACACAGAGCUACAUACCUUAUCUCGCAUCAGACACAGAAAUCUGGUCAAGAUUCUGGGGUUUGCUUGGGAUAACCGGUUAAGGGCUCUGGUACUCGAAUUUCUCCCAAAUGGCAAUCUGGAUGCAGCCGUACAUAACAGAGAACAGAGCAGAAUUUUGAGUUUAUCCAAAAGACUUGACAUCACCAUAUCCAUAGCUCAGGCAUUGGUAUAUUUGCAUGAGGAUUACGGUUUCCCCAUUGUCCAUUGUGAUCUGAAGCCUGCAAACAUUCUUCUGGAUGAAGAUCUUGAAGGCCAUGUGAGCGAUUUUGGUACUGCUAGAAUGCUUGGGAUCCAUCUCCAGCAAGAUAGCAGGGGGUCCUCUUCUUCAGCUUUUCAGGGGACUAUUGGUUACUUUGCACCAGAGUUUGCAUAUAUGGCGCCAGUGACUCCAAAAGCAGAUGUUUUUAGCUUCGGCAUAAUUUUAAUGGAGUUGUUGACGAGCAGAAGACCCACCUGCUCAAAUUUGCUGUCUGAGGGAGGUGAAGGGAUAAGUUUGCAACAGUGGAUUGAAAAUGGUGUAAUUGCUGGCGAUGGCGUACUUAAACUGGUUGAUAAAUCUCUCAUGGGGGAGAUGUCCGAUGAAAAACAAGAAGAAAAAGUGCAGAACUUAUUGAAGAUAUCUUUACAGUGUACGAAAGUAGUACCAGAUGAACGCCCAACAAUGAGUCAAGUGCUGACUGCGCUCCUGCAUAUUAAAGAGGAUAGGAUGGAAAGCAAUGGAGAUCUUUACAAUGAGGUACAGAGAAAUUGAUGGAAAAGAUACGUAACAAAAGUGUUACUUUCACCUUCCACUUAUUAUUAGAUUGGUCUGCCGCAAUUUUCCACAUAAACCCUUUGUAAUGUCCCCUACUAGGUCUAGCUUUGUUUUCCCCAUAAUUAAUCCAUCUCAACAUACUUAUGACUUAAACUAAAUUGAUUAGGAGACAAACUAUCUUAAAUAUCGCAUUUUCCAACUUCUUAGAUACCAAUAGUCAUAACAGAGAAACAUAGUCUUCUUUCUAAUAUUGAAUUAAUAAUUCAAUUUGGUUUAUAAUCUUA